AUGUUGAAUUUCAGUGCUCUCCUCGUCGCGGUGUUUAUCGUUUGUUGCGCCUGUGGUGGUAGUGAUCCAAUCGAUCACAAUCUUUCUAUUGUCGGGGGCCGUAUCAUCGGUAAUCAGCGAAAUGGUGCAGGCAUUUUGUCGUUCUUUGGGAUCCCUUACGCGGCUCCACCCGUGGGCGAUCUUCGUUGGAAGUCUCCACGGCCACCCUCGAGCUGGUCUGGUGUUCGCAAUGCCACACAGUUCGGGUUCACAUGCUGGCAAGGUCUUCCACAGUAUCCGAUUUUUACACCUCAAGAUGAAGACUGUCUAACGAUCAACGUCUGGACACCUGCGAAGACUGCUAAGGACAAGCUACCUGUCAUGGUUUGGGUCCAUGGAGGUGGCUUCGUCUUUGGUGGUGGAGCCGAGAAAGAAACCGAUGGCAAUUUGCUUGCUCAGGAAGGAGUGGUGGUGGUCAAGUUCAACUAUCGAUUGAAUGCUUUCGGGUUUCUGGCACAUCCGGGUCUGGACCAGGAAGGGUCUUUCUCUGGUAAUUUCGGUCUCCAAGACCAGCUUGCUGCCCUGACCUGGGUGAAGCUAAACAUCGCAGCCUUUGGAGGAGACCCCGACCAUGUGACGGCCUUUGGAGAGUCGGCUGGUGCCCACGCAAUUGGUCUUCUGAUGUCUUCGCCCCUUUCGAAUGGUCUAUUUCACAAGGCCAUCAUAGAAAGCGGAAGUAUGUGGGACAGUGAGCAUGGCUCUCUGAUGCCAUUCGACCUAGCACGUCGCAAUGGAACAAACUUUGCCGCAAGACUCAACGCAACGACGAUCCCCCAGCUUCGCGCCGUGCCUGCCCAAACCAUUAACGAUAACACGAUUUUUGACUUUGCAAUCGAUCCAACGCUCAUCUGCUUUACCCCUGGAGUGGACAGAUUUGUCGUCCCUGAACCACCAGCAACUAAGGCGAGCUUGAAGCGUCAGCUCAAGAUACCAUUGAUGGCAGGGUGGAAUAGACUAGAAGGAAAUGGAUUUCUUCCUCGGGCAAUUCCACAUAUGUCACCAGCUCAGUUUAAAGCCGGUGCAGAGAAGUAUUUUGGUGCCCGGACUCUGGAAUUCCUUGCGCUGUACCCUGCCGACUCCCGAGGACAGGUCAACACAUCGGCAGAUACUCUGAUUGGUGAUCUCGUGAUUAGCGAACAGACCUGGGAAAUCGGUGACACGCUGCGGAAUAGCGGAGUGUCAGAUGUCUACAUGUAUCUGUACAACUACUCGUCACCAUAUUCACCACUACCCAACCACGGCGUUGAGUUUCCAUUCGUGUUUGGCAAUCUUCUACCGAGUAGGAUCGGGGUUAGUCCUGGUAAGGAAGAUUUCGCGCUUUCUGCUAAAUUGAGGAAAUACUGGACCAACUUUGCGAAGUAUACAAAUCCAAACGGACAAGGAACAGAUGGACUCCCAAUUUGGCCUCGCUAUACCACAUACGGGACUGGCAUCUUUGGCAUCGCGAAUACUUUGGGACCUAUUGAGUAUGAUCUGAACAGAUAUCGCUUCAUCAAGAGCCUCCGGAAGAAUGGUGUGUUGCCGACCGAGUGGAUGAACAUAAAUGUGGAUAGUCUAUAG